AUGUAUGACAUUUAUGGCCUAAAUAUGGUUAAGAAAUACGAGUCACAAAUAUUGGGAACAUUACCGCCCCAUUUAUUCGCAAUCGGAAGCAGCGCUUACAGUAAGAUGAAUGAAGACAGUGAGGGACAGGUUGUUGUGGUUUGCGGUGAAAGCGGCGCCGGAAAGACAGAAAACACUAAACUAUUGAUGCAAUACUUGGCCGCAGUCAACAAGUCUUCGUCUAAUAUUAUUACGGAACAGAUCUUAGAGGCGACGCCUCUUCUCGAGUCUUUUGGUAACGCAAAGACCGUUAAGAAUAACAAUUCGAGUCGUUUUGGAAAAUAUUUAGAAAUCUAUUUCAAAGAUGGACUUAUAACCGGCGCCCGGACUACAGAAUAUUUGUUAGAAAAAUCAAGAAUUGUGACACAAUCUCAAGACGAACGCAAUUAUCACGUCUUCUAUGAGCUGUUGGCCGGACUCACGCCAGAAGAGAAGGAAAAGUAUGGCUUACAAGUGGCCGAAAAGUACUUCUACUUAAAUCAGGGCCAGUCGUGCGAAAUCGACGGCAAAGACGACUCCGAAGGCUUUCGGUUCCUAUUGAGCGCAAUGCAAGUGUUGGGCUUCACUAACGAAGAACAGGACACUAUAUUCCGAAUGUUGGCAUCAGUUCUUCAUUUGGGAAACAUAUACUUCCAUCGAAAGCAGUUCAGACACGGACAGGAAGGCGUCGAAGUGGGCAGCGAUGCCGAGAUCCGCUGGGUUUCACAUCUAUUGCAACUAUCAUUGGACGGCAUUUUCAAAGCCAUGACCAUUAAGACAACGGAAGCCCGCAAUGAGAAGAUGAUGUCUCCGCUCAAUAUAGAUCAGGCGCUCGACGCCAGAGAUGCCAUUUCCAAAGCCCUCUACUCGUGUCUCUUCUCAUGGCUCGUCCAGAGAGUCAAUCACAUGAUAUUUAAAGGCAGUCGAAAAGUAUUCCUCGCGAUUCUCGACAUCUUUGGUUUCGAGAACUUUAAGGACAAUAAUUUCGAGCAGUUGUGUAUCAAUUACGCCAACGAAACACUUCAGUCAUAUUUUAAUAAAUAUGUCUUUAAAUUGGAACAAAUGGAGUACUCGAAGGAGAAGAUAGAGUGGCAACCAUUGAGUUUUCCCGACAACACGUCUGUAUUGACUCUGAUAUCGAAAAAACCGGUCGGAAUUCUGCCACUUCUCGACGACGAAAGCAAUUUCCCAAAAGCCAGCGAUCAGUCGUUUCUGGAGAAGUGUCACUACAAUCACGCCCUCAACGAUCUGUACAGUCGACCGCGUAUGUCGUCCAUGGAGUUCGGGAUUAAGCACUACGCGGGUCAGGUCUGGUACUCUGUCGACGGCUUCCUCGACAAAAACCGAGACACUCUCAGACCCGAUGUCAUGGAUCUGUUGAUUAGCAGCAAAAUGCCAAUGAUUUCAAAGAUGUUUCAAAAUCUGCGCGAAUCCGUCGAAUCAAAUAAGACCUACAGUCGAAGUGACGGCCGAUUCAUAACAAUGAAACCGCGGGCACCGACUGUUUCGGCCAGAUUUCAAGACUCGUUGCAAUCACUGCUGGAAAUCAUGUCGAAAUGCAAUCCAUGGUUCGUUCGGUGCGUAAAACCAAACAACGAGAAGACAUCCAUGAAAUUUGACGUUCCCGUAGUGUUGGAACAGUUAAGGUAUUCGGGAAUACUUGAGACAAUUCGUAUCCGAAAACUGGGUUUUCCCAUAAGAAUCAAAUACCAACAGUUUGUGUUGAGAUACCGGUGCCUACUAUUGAACCAAACGCCUCGCGGAACCUCUUCUAAAGAUAUUUGUCAAUUAAUCUUAGAAAGAGUUCCAAACCAUAGCCAACAAUAUCAGUACGGAUUGACUAAAAUAUUCUUAAGGGAAACACUGGAACUGACUCUCGAAAAAGAAAGACGAGAAGUAAUGCUGACGUCGAUCAUCAAAAUUCAGUCCUUAAUUAAGGCAUUUAUAGCCAAACGUCGUUAUCGUAACUAUCGCUCAAAUGUAAUCAAAAUUCAGUCAACGUUUAGGGGGUAUAGAGUUCGCCGGGAAUACAAUAAUCUACGGAAUAGUGCUAUAAAAAUACAGGCAAACUAUAAGAUGAAGAAACAGAAAGUCGAGUACCAGAAACUAAAAGCGUUGAAAUCACGACAAUUAGAAGCCGAGAGAAUAGCGUUUGAAAAGACAAAAGAGAAGACACACAGAGAUAAGAGAGAUAGGGAUGAGUUGGAGCGUUCGUCCAGAGCUGUGGCCGGCAUUAACCACUUGGAAGUGCCCGCAGAACUGGCCUUCAUAUUGAGCAAACUGGACGACUGGCAAUGCAUUCACUCCAAUCAGAAUAUAGUGAAAGUGAACUCUUCUGUCCACCAAAUGCUGCACAAAUGGCGCCUUCCGUCUGACAUUGAUUACUAUGCGUUCACUAAAUUUACUAACAUUUACUUCAGGGCUCAUAUAUGGGGUAUGAAACGAGAGCCCAUCAAAACACCCUUCUUAGCCAAAAGUAGUGAAACAGACUUUCAAGAAUCGGUUGCAAUAUUUAAAUUGAUCCUCCGAUUCAUGAAUGACAGCAAUUUAAGCGGAAAGAAAGAGAAAGCAUUAGCCGAUUAUAUCACACAAAAAGGUCUCUCCAAUACAGGACUUAGGGAUGAGAUUCUUUGCCAACUCUGUAACCAGACCUGGAAGAAUGAGAACGAGGCCAACAAUGAGCGGGGCUGGCAAUUGCUCGCUCAUUGCUUAUCAAGUUUCCCUCCGAGUCCUACUCUUUACAAAUACCUAUUAAAAUAUGUCUCGGAUCAGGCCUUUGAUGGUUACAAAGCUGUCACUCAGAAACAGUUGCUUCAGAGCGAGAAGUCUGAGAGUCUGAAUGUGCGGACAUAUCCGCCCUCUCUUCUGGAAUGGAAGGCAAACAACAAGAGGUGUAAUAUGGCAUUAGAGGCAACCUUUUCUGAUGGCGACCAGAGAUACGCCCCAAUCGAGUCCUGGACUUCAGCCGAAACCUUUGCAUCGGAAGCCCUGCGCGCAAAAGGACUCAACUCGUGCUUUGGUUGGACUGUAGACCUCGACGACGACGGCGAUGACUACGGACUCAACGGCAGUGACUUUGUUAUGGAUAUAGUGUCACAAAUGGAAAUCCCGAACACAUUUCCCGCCAACAAAAGUUAUUUCUUGGUUUCUGCCGAUCGAUCCAAAGAGAGAACAGACAAACAGAAUUUAUAUCAUAAUCCCGAGAGGAUUAAUAAGUUUGAGCUCAACUUUGAGGAGUCAAUACCGGUGCCAUCUUUUCAAAAUCACUACGAGUCUCAAGAGUCGGACUUAAAGGCUGGUCAGAGAAGCCGUCAAUAUUUGCGUAGAAGUGAUAUGUCUUCUGACGGCAAUCAAAGGGCGCGUUCCCUAUCGAGAGAGCAUUUAAAUCAAAGCGAAACCAAUGAUGAAACUCAAGCGCCGACAACAGAGCAAGACUUGGGUCUCUCGAAGAAGAGUAAACUCAACGAAAGAUAUCUACAAAAUAAGAGCCAAUCGAUUGGCAACGAGAAGAUACAGCUCUCGGAGACGAGUAAAUUGAAUCAGAGAUACAUUUCCAAUAAAUCAGAGGCCGAGAGAAAGAACAGCGACAAUGACUUGCGAUCCAAGAAGCGAAACAUUCACUCAAAAACAAGUGAUAAGAAGUCAAAACUGGAUAACAAGCGAAGUAUGUCAAUGCAAGAGUUGGGUUUGGCUUCUUCUGCGCUCAACGAUAGAUACUUCUCCAGAACUGAUUUACACAAAACCGCAUCACUUACUGAAGGCAGUGAUAGCGGCGCCGAUCCUAACCCUCCUAACAAAAUAUUAAGUCUUUCGGCGUUCAAAGGGGAGACCUCUUCGGCGUUGAAUGAAAGCCAUUCCAAAGUGAAUUCCCGCACAAACAUGAGUUCGCGUCCACUUCCGGCUGAGCCCGGCAUCGAAGACAAUUCUAAGAGAUCGCCGCCCAAGAAAUCGCACUCAAGAAAGUCUCAUCUCAUUCGUCCAUCGAGUCGGUCCUCAUCGUCAUCAUUGUCUUCAGUCGCCUCUUCUAUGGAUCGAGAAAUUGAGUUUCCAAUCAUUGAAAGUGAAAGAAAUGGCGAAGACUUGAGUGAAUUUAACGACAAAUCUAGUGAACAAAACGCUAGAUAUCAGAAAUACGGCGGAAAACAACUCAUUCCUUCACUUAAUAAGCAUUCGCUCACUUCUAAGGCCUAUAUCGACAGAUCUAAGUCAAAACUGGAUAACAAGCGAAGUAUGUCAAUGCAAGAGUUGGGUUUGGCUUCUUCUGCGCUCAACGAUAGAUACUUCUCGAGAACUGAUUUACACAAAACCGCAUCACUUACUGAAGGCAGUGAUAGCGGCGCCGAUCCUAACCCUCCCAACAAAAUAUUAAGUCUUUCGGCGUUCAAAGGGGAGACCUCUUCGGCGUUAAAUGAGAGCCAUUCCAAAGUGAAUUCCCGCACAAACAUGAGUUCGCGUCCACUUCCGGCUGAGCCCGGCAUUGAAGACAACUCUAAGAGAUCGCCGCCCAAGAAAUCGCACUCAAGAAAGUCUCAUCUCAUUCGUCCAUCGAGUCGGUCCUCAUCGUCAUCAUUGUCUUCAGUCGCCUCUUCUAUGGACCGAGAAAUUGAGUUUCCAAUCAUUGAAAGUGAAAGAAAUGGCGAAGACUUGAGUGAAUUUAACGACAAAUCCAGUGAACAAAACGCUAGAUAUCAGAAAUACGGCGGAAAACAACUCAUUCCUUCACUUAAUAAGCAUUCGCUCACUUCUAAGGCCUAUAUCGACAGAUCUGUCAGUAGAGACAGUGAAUAUCAAUUGGGUAUCAGAGGGUCGGCGAUGUCGGACACUUCGGAAUCGCCUUCACUCGCAUCUCAUGUCAGAAAUAUCAGAAUUCCUUCGCAUACAUCAGAAUUAGAUCAAUAUUUGGAUGACUUAUUCAAUCCAGUCUUAGACGCAAAUCUCGAUGAGUUGAGUGACGCCCGAUCUUUGGCCGCCUCUAUAAAAGGUGGCUAUUCUUCGCACGAAUACGAAAUGUCUUCAUCUGAUAAACACAAUGCCUUCAAAAAUAUCAUUACAAACAAAAAGACAAAUCGAUUGAAUGAUUAUUCCUAUGAUUUGGAAGACAUCGAAACCAAUGAAUUCGAGGCUUUAAUAGAGGAAAACAAAUUAGUUUCCGCUCUGAAAGGGGGCGGAAAUAAUGAACUCGAAACAUCUCGCAAACCGAAUCUCAGUAUAUCAACGAAUUUGGAUUCGAGUCGAUCUAAUACACCAUCCGAUGGUCUCAACGACUCGUCCAACGGAGCGCAUAAUAUGGGUCUCAUGAGUAUCGCGGGAAUGACUGUCCCAAUGGUGGACACGUCUCAGAUGAUUCAGCAACAGGUGCUGCACCAGCAGAUGGUUCAGAUGCAACAAAGGGCUUUUCUCGCCUCUUCCCUUCAACAGAAUCUCGAAAUACAGAAACAACUGUUGCAACAAAACCAACAGCUCCAGCAUAUGUUAGUCCAGUCGUCAAUCAAUGGUCCCAACUCUCCCAUAAGCAAUGGUCAGUCCAACGAAGCGGUUUCGCCCAACAUCUCGUUGUUGUCGCCGAUAACGCCAUUAUUGCAAAUACAGACAAUGCCUUUAAUGUCGUCACCGAUUGGCGAAACACAGCUCAAUACUGAUAAUAUUACUCUAUUGGAUACCACGUCCGCAAAUCGAUCGCAUAUUCCCGGUUCAAUUCCUCCGCCACCCCCUCCACCUCCACCUCCGCCCCCGUUGUCUCCAUCCGCAGCCGAUGUGUACAGAAGAGCAAAGACUGUGAGAAUAGGCAAAUGGCGAUGGCCUCCACCCGCAGAGGGCUCCGAACCAUCCAAUAAUUUCUUUGACUUCAAACGAAAGAAACAAAUCCAGAAAAAUGAGAAGAAUAGUGAGGAGAGGGACGAGCACUCAAACGAAGUGACAGAUAGUUAUAACAUAAAUGAAAUAAGUGUUUCAAUUCCAGCCAAUAAUCCUAAACCCGAACCCAAAAGUAAUGAACACAACGGAAAAGUUGAGAAAGCGAUCAAAAAAGAUGAGAAAAUAAAAGUGAUUCGAAAUGUAGUUCCGGGAAGUAUUGGGAAAUUACGGAUCAGUUCCGAAAUGAAGGCCAAACUCGAACAGUUGACUAUCGAUCAAAGCGUGCGCUCGAGAAAAGAUGGCAAAGAGAGGACAUCAAUGCAGAGCAGAAGUAUGGACGACAUCGCGAGCGUCGGCGCCGUUAAGAAGUUGUCGGAACAGCGAAAAGCACUUCUGGAGAAACAAUUAAUGGGAUCAUUAAUGGGAUCGUUAAGGAGUCCUAAUGAACUCAUUGAACACAAUAAUAGUCCACUAAAUGCACGCCUCGGGCACAGAGAGGAGCCGACAGACGCUAUGCAUUCAAAAUACGCCCAAAGCGUUCCGGUUCUCAACAAUUAUGAGAGCUCUCAAGCGGACACUUCCAGUCCUUUUGCUAACAAUGUGUCAAAUCGUUCAGAAAAAGUGCGCAAAACUGUGAGCAGAGAAAUACGCGAAAGACGUGACGAAUUGGGGCCUUUCAAUAGGAGGGCCGGAACCAUGACCUCAACCAUUCAGGCCGAGUGCGGCGAUCGUCUCAGUUAUUCAACGGAACCCGAGAGAGCCUUCUUCGACGAGAUGAGUGCCACCAAUAGUAUGGCCUAUGAGGACAGCAUUGUGUCCAGUAAUAUGAAUCUCCAGAGAUCUGGCCUAAGGCUAAGCCAUGACAUGAACCAGUUGUCCAAACCGGUCAGACGUAUGAACGUUCCGCCCCCUCCGCCUCCAAUCAACGGUAUGCUGAGCGCAACGCUCGCUAACCCGGCGUAUCAUUGCUUACCGCAGAUGAACGGAAGCGGUCCGCCAUCAGUGGCCGCGUCGAGCAGUUAUUACGCUCAGAGUUCUCCGAUUAUGGCUAAACGGAACCGCAAACUCCCGCCGCCGCCCAUCGGUUUAGCCGUCUCUCAGGACAGGCUAUCCUUCGAUCGAAUUGAGUUCGAAGAGAGCAAUGAGUUCUUGAAUCCCGUCGACGCGCCGCCCCUUUCCAUCAUUAGUCGACCGCAACAGACGACUGUCGACAAGAUUAAGACCAAACUCUUUCAGGCCAGUGAUGCGCCGAUUCUCACCUAUUCUAAGAUCAAUUGGAAAUUAAAUGUCAGAAAAGAGGUCUUCUCACCGCAAGAAACCAUCGAUAAUCCACUUAUGCUUCACUUAAUAUUCUUGCAAAUAGUUAGGGACUCCUUCUCUUCCACUUGUAUUCGUCUGACACAAGAAGAGAAGUUCAAAAUUCAAUCCAAACUGCAAACGGCGGGCAUUGAUAUCGAGAAUGUGUUCACUUCUAACCCCAAAAUUCAGUUCCAAAAGAGUUUGAUAGAAAUGGGUCGAGAAAUGCCCACUUAUUUCUGUCGCUUAUACCCGGUCUCCGGGGGUAGGAAUUUGCCAAACGUUCACUUACUGGGCAUCUCUCACACCGGCGUCCGACUCAUUCAACGGGAGAGGAAUGCAGUUUGCGAUUACCUUAAAGUAUUGGAUCGUCUCAGUUUGGAUGAUAUUUCGGAAGUAAUAAUUCCCAAGAGUUGUACGAUUCAGAUACUGCUUUGCGGCGGCGGAUGGAUAACACUCUUCUCGCCAAAAGCCAUUCAAAUCAAGAGCUUAAUUGAAAAGUUUGCAUUAGAAACACAAGAAAGUCAGAUUGAAUUUGUUCGAGCGCUCAGACAUUACACCAGUGAUGAGCCGUCGAUACUUGGCUUUAGAAAAGGAGAUAUUAUUCGUAUACUUAAAAACAAAAAUCUUCAAUUAUCUAAAGGUUUG